AUAAACGCGUGCGAGUGCGUGAUGACGUCAGGAGCGCGGGAAAUUUAGCGUCUGUCAGGUGACGGGAUGGAGAGGUACCAUGAGGUGAAACAUCUGCUGAAGACCUGGGAGUCAGAGUUCAUGAAGGAGCACAAAAGGAAGCCCAGCAAGGUAGAUGUGGAGCAGUCGUCUGAGGAGAUGAGGGAUCUUUACAGAGAAUUCCGAAAACUGAAACAAGGAAAAGUGAGCUUAACGUCAGCUGUGUGUGCGACUGAGACCGUGCCCGGGGAUGUUACAGAGGAAACAAGCUCCUGGGGAAGCCACCUUAACCGCGGCACUGUGACUGCAACGUUGACCUCGGAUGAGCGGGACUCCCUGAAGGCAUCUGUCCAGUAUUUUGGAAUGAAGCUUAAGACCAACUUGGGAGGAGCCUUGAAAAAUCGUCCAGUAUCCUUGAAGAAGUCCUCACUGCCCCGGACCCAUGUUAGUUUGACAGCGGUCGAAGCCAAGAAGCCGAGUUCAUCUCCGUCUGAUGCUCCACAGAUGGCCAUUGAUAAUUCUCUAGACUCUCCUGAGGAAUUAGAAAAUCUCUCUCUAGGAUUUCAGUCGCACAAGCUUCGAUUAACCUCCACUCUGCCAGAAAGUCCUAAGCCGAAGCUUCACCAGCUGCAAGCCAAAGUGGGCCAGCGACUGUCCUCCUUAAAUCCAGACUGGCUGGAGAGGUGCGAGCAGAGACUGGGAAGAGAUCACUGCCAACUUACAGACCGCGGAGACAGAAACAGGCAGAAGUCUGAACCUUGGGUGGACUCCAGGUCACCACCAGAUCCUGGACCUUCGGACUACUCGCAUGUAAAACAAGCACAGAAGACUUUGUUGUCCGAUCAGACUGCAAAGAGAAGAUCUCCCGGUGAAUGUGGGAAUCGUGACCCAAACGGCAAAGUAGACUCUAAAGAGACAUCAAACUGUGGUCCACAAUUCAGUUUAGCGAGAGGAGAAGAACGGCUUCCACACGCAGAAGUAAUUAACCCAACUCCCGAGAGUGACCAGAGAGUGGAGGAAACGGCCCAGGAGAGGAGCCACCUAAAACCAGGAGCCACAGAGGAGCCGACCGAAAAGAGCUACGUCCAAAAUGAGGAGCAAUCCAGACCUGAGCCUGCCGCAAUGGCCGUCUGUGGAGACCAGAAGGACAUGGAAUGGGAAGCCAUCGAAAGCAGCAAGACUGAGAGCAAUGAUAGGACGCCUCAGGGGAAAGAGGCAGAAGAGAGGGAAGAGGCUCAGAGACACCCCUACAGAGGCACCCCCAAAAAACGCACCGGCAACUUUGUUCGGAUCAAUCUGAAGAAGAAGACUUAUGUGAAAGGGUUUGCACUGAAUGGGAAUAGGUUAAGAAAACAGAUGUGGAAGUCGAAGUGGCAGAAGAAGGGGGAGCAGUUUGGCGGUGGUGGGAGACCUCUGUCCCGCGGUGAUGACAUUUGCUUCCGUUGUGGACAGCCGGGGCAUUGGGCGUCCCAGUGUCCUGGGAAAGGGCGUUCCAGUGAUCCUCAAGAGCUCGGCCCGGCUUCUGAGGUUGCCCUGGAUAUCGUGAAGCCAGUGUUGAGUCCACUCCCCUUCCUCCAGGCAAUGCUGCCUCUGUAUGAGCUGACAGCCUCUGGGAGAGUCCGUGAGACUCCGUCUGAGGUGUACGAUGCCCUCCGAGAGCUGGGAUAUCAGAAGUUUCAUCCAGGACAGGAAGAGGGUAGUCGCAUCUCGUGUUACUCGCCGUCGUGUUCUCAAUUUGUGUCUUUUUUGUCUCCAGAUCUUUACAGAGAAUUCCGAAAACUGAAACAAGGAAAAGUGAGCUUAACGUCAGCUGUGUGUGCGACUGAGACAGUGCCCGGGGAUGUUACAGAGGAAACAAGCUCCUGGGGAAGCCACCUUAACCGCGGCACUGUGACUGCAACGUUGACCUCGGAUGAGCGGGACUCCCUGAAGGCAUCUGUCCAGUAUUUUGGAAUGAAGCUUAAGACCAACUUGGGAGGAGCCUUGAAAAAUCGUCCAGUAUCCUUGAAGAAGUCCUCACUGCCCCGGACCCAUGUUAGUUUGACAGCGGUCGAAGCCAAGAAGCCGAGUUCAUCUCCGUCUGAUGCUCCACAGAUGGCCAUUGAUAAUUCUUUAGACUCUCCUGAGGAAUUAGAAAAUCUCUCUCUAGGAUUUCAGUCGCACAAGCUUCGAUUAACCUCCACUCUGCAAGAAAGUCCCAAGCCGAAGCUUCACCAGCUGCAAGCCAAAGUGGGCCAGCGACUGUCCUCCUUAAAUCCAGACUGGCUGGAGAGGUGCGAGCAGAGACUGGGAAGAGAGCACUGCCAACUUACAGACCGCGGAGACAGAAACAGGCAGAAGUCUGAACCUUGGGUGGACUCCAGGUCACCACCAGAUCCUGGACCUUCGGACUACUCGCAUGUAAAACAAGCACAGAAGACUUUGUUGUCCGAUCAGACUGCAAAGAGAAGAUCUCCCGGUGAAUGUGGGAAUCGUGACCCAAACGGCAAAGUAGACUCUAAAGAGACAUCAAACUGUGGUCCACAAUUCAGUUUAGCGAGAGGAGAAGAACGGCUUCCACACGCAGAAGUAAUUAACCCAACUCCCGAGAGUGACCAGAGAGUGGAGGAAACGGCCCAGGAGAGGAGCCACCUAAAACCAGGAGCCACAGAGGAGCCGACCGAAAAGAGCUACAUCCAAAAUGAGGAGCAAUCCAGACCCGAGCCUGCCGCAAUGGCCGUCUGUGGAGACCAGAAGGACAUGGAAUGGGAAGCCAUCGAAAGCAGCAAGACUGAGAGCAAUGAUAGGACGCCUCAGGGAAAGAGGCAGAAGAGAGGGAAGAGGCUCAGAGACACCCCUACAGAGUCUGAGGAGCACAAAAGUUACACAGAGACAAGCCGUAAGAGGCCAGCAAAGAAGGCCAAGACUGACGGAGAAGACUCAUGCGAGGAUCCCCCAAGGGUCCAUGACACCGAGAAUCUGCUGGGUGAUGUGAUAGACGAGGACAAGACAGUGCAGAGAGUCACCGGCAACUCUGCAAAGAGUCUCAGGGCACCCCAAAAACGCACCGGCAACUUUGUUCGGAUCAAUCUGAAGAAGAAGACUUAUGUGAAAGGGUUUGCACUGAAUGGGAAUAGGUUAAGAAAACAGAUGUGGAAGUCGAAGUGGCAGAAGAAGGGGGAGCAGUUUGGCGGUGGUGGGAGACCUCUGUCCCGCGGUGAUGACAUUUGCUUCCGUUGUGGACAGCCGGGGCAUUGGGCGUCCCAGUGUCCUGGGAAAGGGGUCGCUGUGCCGCCAACCCCCUUGGAGUCGGACGCCGUACUGGAAGAGGAGCUCGUGCUGCCGACCUUAGAGGAGGUGGCUCAGAUGACGAACACUCAGCUGAGACCAACCUGUGGACGUUCCAGUGAUCCUCAAGAGCUCGGCCCGGCUUCUGAGGUUGCCCUGGAUAUCGUGAAGCCAGUGUUUGAGUCCACUCCCCUUCCUCCAGCAAUGCUGCCUCUGUAUGAGCUGACAGCCUCUGGGAGAGUCCGUGAGACUCCGUCUGAGGUGUACGAUGCCCUCCGAGAGCUGGGAUAUCAGAAGUUUCAUCCAGGACAGGAAGAGGCAAUCAUGAGGAUCUUGUCUGGCCUUUCCUCCCUGGUUGUCCUCUCCACUGGGAUGGGCAAGUCUCUGUGUUAUCAGCUGCCGGCAUACAUGUAUGCUAUGAGGUCUCCAUGUAUCACGCUGGUCAUAUCCCCACUGGUCUCUCUCAUGGAUGAUCAGGUCUCAGGUCUUCCAUCGAAACUCAAGGCUGUUUGUAUUCAUUCCAAUAUGACCCGGGCUCAGCGUGAAACGGCGAUGGAGAAGGUGAAGCAGGGGAAGGUGCAUGUUCUUCUGCUGUCUCCCGAAGCUUUAGUUGGAGGAGGUCGGACGGGCACCAGCUGUUUGCCCUCAGCUGACCAGCUCCCUCCAGUGGCCUUUGCAUGUAUAGAUGAAGUUCAUUGUGUAUCUGAGUGGUCCCACAAUUUCCGACCCUGCUACCUCCGUCUCUGCAAGGUUCUUCGGGAGCGCCUUGGUGUUCGCUGUCUUCUUGGUCUUACAGCUACAGCCACUCUGAGUACAGCACAAGACGUUGCUCGCCACCUGGAAGUCCCAGAUGUUGAGGGCGUUCCAGUGCGCCUAGCUGCUGUGCCCCCAAACCUGCAUCUGUCUGUGUCUCUAGACCGGGAUCGGGACCAGGCUCUCGUCACUCUCAUGAAGGCAGAACGGUUUGGGAGUUUGGACUCGAUAAUUAUAUAUUGUACACGGAGGGAGGAGACUCAACGCCUGGCAGCCAUGCUGCGCACCUGUCUGCAGGGGGUUACUGUGACUAAAGCAGCGGAUGAUGGUGGUGAUGCCUCACAGGACAGGAAGAAGAUUCAAGCCAGGAAGAAGAUUCGGCGACCGCUGAAGUGGAUGGCCGACUCGUAUCAUGCCGGGCUAUCUUCUGCUGAGCGUCGCAGGGUGCAGAACAACUUCAUGAGCGGCCAGCUGCGGAUAGUUGUAGCCACAGUGGCUUUCGGGAUGGGUCUGGACAAGUCUGACGUCAGGGGGGUCAUCCACUAUAAUAUGCCCAAAAACUUUGAGAGUUAUGUCCAAGAGAUCGGGAGAGCCGGGCGCGAUGGCAAAGAUGCUCAUUGUCACUUGUUCUUGGACCCUGAGUCCCAGGAUCUGGACGAGCUUCGCCGCCAUGUCUACGCGGACUCUGUGGAUUAUUUCACACUGAAGAAGCUUGUGCAGAGAGUCUUCCUCCGGUGCAGGUGUCGUGAGCUGCAGAGUAAGCGGGAAGCGCUGAGCAGGGGCUGUGAGGUGGAUGAUUCUGAGAUGAUGGAUUUCCUGGAGCGGUGUGAAAGCGGAGAAGGGAACUCGCCGGUGGAGCGCUCCUGCCACCGACACGAGCGAGCCUUGCCUAUAGACGAAACGGUGCAGGCGUUAGAUGCCCGAGAGGAAAGUAUUGAGACCCUUCUUUGUUAUUUGGAGCUCCAUGAGUGGCGCUGGCUUGAGCUUCUGCACCCCACACUGUCUACGUGUCGUGUUACCUGUUACAGUGGUCCUCAACAACUCCGUGGUUUGGCCCGCAGCUGUCCCCCUGUGGCCGUCGCCCUUGCCCGUGAACGUAUUUCUGGAGUGGAUCACACACAUGUAAGCUCUGUGGAGUUCAAUGUAGUUGAGCUUGCAGACUCCAUGGGCUGGGAAACUGUCCCUGUGAAGAGAGCCUUACGGGGUCUGCAGUGGAAUUCAUCAGCCACAGGUGGAUUUCGAGGUACAGGUAAGAGUGGGGUGCUGGUGGAGUUCAGUAAGCUUUCCUUCCACUUUUGCUCUUAUGGUGACCUCACGAAUGAAGAGAUGGAGGAAGUCUGUGAUUUCCUUCACCAGAAAGUGACGUCACGAGAGGCGACUUCGCUGAGGCAGCUGAAUUCCUGUUACAAAGUGUUUUUUAGAGUCGCAUACAGGAGCAGUGGAGCAUGCGCAGAGAAGGUGAACCCUGAGCGCAGUGCACAGCUGAAGACGCUCAUUCUCAGCUACUUUGAGGGGAAUAAUCCACUGGAUGAGCCUGAGGAAGACCACUCUGCAGACGAGCUCAGUCAGUUGAAGGUUGAAGACUGGAAGGUGCAGGUCUGCAGUGAUGUUCGUCUUUUCCUCUCCAUUCACCAGGAUGAACGCUUUUCUGGUCGAGCUGUUGCUCGUAUCUUCCACGGGAUAGGCAGUCCGUGUUACCCCGCACAGAUUUAUGGAAGAGAUCGCAGAUUUUGGAGGAAAUACCUACACUUGGAUUUUAACAAAGUCAUGCUGCUUUGUAAGGAUGAAAUUAUCAGACUGAAAUAACUGUGGGGCAGCAUGGAAUGGUCCUGCUGAGCGGGCGGUGGAGUUCCGGGUGGUCUGCAGUAUUUUAUAGUAAUUAUAAGGCAGAAACUUUCUAUUUAUUUGUGUUAUUUCUAAUAAACUGAGA